AUGUGGCAGAUACACCCAUGGGAAAAGCAUCCAGGGAAUAGUUCAUGUGAACCUUUGUCAGAAGAUAGCCCCGUUCCUACCCAGUGCUUCAAAACCCGAUCUCUGCCACAAAUUCAACAACCAGAUGAGGCAGGUUGCUUCUUCACAAAUGUGAGUCUGUCCUCCUUCAGUCGAGACUUUCGGUAUUAUCAGGACAGCAUAGUUGCAGAGGCCUCGCUGGUGGAGGAUGCCACAGAGAUACAAGUCAAUGCUUCCCGCAAAUUACUCAUCUCCAGGAUUGGUGGGAUGGCCUUGUUUGAUGAUGUGAAUUCUUACUACCACACUGGAGAGAUGUACAGGGGGAAGAUUAAAGUCCUUGACUACCGAGGCAAGGCAUUGAAGCACAAAGAAGUCCUCCUUGUACUAAACAGCGGUGAGCGGCAAUUUAAGGAGAAGUACAUUACUGGAGACUCUGGGACAGCUUCAUUUAGCCUGGACACAACUGCUUGGAAUAGCACCUUGGUCUCCCUGGAGGCAAGUGUCCUGCAUCAAGAUUUGGAUAGAGAGCCUGGGACAAUUGAUUUGAGUUACCAGCGAGCCUCUUAUUUCAUACGUCCAUUCUACAGCACCAGCAGGAGUUUCCUCUCUAUUGUCCGUGUGCCGGAAACAAUGCCCUGUGGCAAAAAGCAGUCUGUCCAGGUGGACUUCAGAAUUUAUGAGGAAGACCUGGAACAUGGGCCCAAGCGUGUCAUUUUCUCCUACUUUGUCACAGGAAAAGGAGGGAUAGUCCAUGCAGGUCAGAAGACUAUUUGGGUUGGGCUUCCAAGAAUGCUGGAAGGCUUCUUCUCCAUCCCUCUUACCUUCAGCUUGACCUAUGCCCCAGCUCCGAGACUAGUUGUUUAUGUUAUCUUCCCUAAUGGAAAAAUCAUUGCUGAUUCUGCCACCUUCAGUGUCUCCAUGUGUUUCAGAAAUAAGGUGGAGCUCGGUUUCUCAAAGCCAGAGACUCUUCCUGGUUCACAGGUUGGUCUCCACCUGCUGGCAGCUCCUGGAUCCAUGUGUGCUGUCUGGGCUGUGGAUCGAAGCACCCUUUUGAUUAAGCCAGGAAGAGAAUUCAGCAGCCACUUGAUCUAUGGGUUGUUCCCAUCUGUUUAUAACUCCAGGUAUCCUCACCAAGUAUCUGAAGAUGAUCAUUCAUGUGGGUUCCCAAAUGCUGAUGAGCCUGAUGUGUUUACAGCAUUCAGGGAAAUGGGGUUGAAAAUUAUGUCCAACACCAAUAUCAGGAAACCCAGAGUGUGUCCAACCACAUCACUGACAACUAAGCUGCAGGAAACAGGAGUGUUUAUUUCUAGGCCCAUGCUGAUGUUUGCCCAGCCCCAUAAAGCAUAUAAUAGACCUGAGGACACUGUGGUGACUAGGUCUUUGUUAUUUCCAUCAGAACAUCUGACAUCAACCUAUCAGCCCAUUAUGUUUCCACCUAUUUCUUCAGCUGAAGAGAAAGUACACAAGCCUUUUCCCCAGACCUGGCUAUGGGAUUUGUAUUCUGUGGGUCCCAGUGGGAACAAGAAUGUCACUGUCACUGUGCCUGACACCAUCACUGAAUGGAAAGCAGGAAUGUUCUGCACAGGACAUAAUGGCUUUGGAUUUGCUUCAGCCUCCAGUCUGCUUGUUUUCAAGCCCUUUCUUGUGAAGCUGCCACUGCCAUCUUCUGUGGUCCAGGGUGAGACCUUCAACUUGAAGGCCACAGUCUUCAACAACUUGCAGCAAUGCAUGAAGAUCCAAAUGACCCUGGAGGAGUUUGCACACUUCCAGCUGAAGCCAUGCAAGGGCUGUGUCUACAGCAGCUGCUUGUGUGCCGGUGAAGCCAAGACCUUUCAGUGGAGUGUCACAGCUGACCAACUGGGGAUCAUGAACAUCACCCUCCACACAGAGGCUGUGGCCACCAAAGAGCUCUGUGGUGAAGAGAUACCAUUUGUCCCAAAAGAAGGACAGAAAGACACAAUUGUCAAACUCAUUCAAGUCCGGCCAGAGGGAGUUUUGGUAGAAAAGGCUCACAGCUCCAUCCUGUGUCCCAAAAAAGGGAAUCCAGCACAGGAGUCUGUGUCACUGAUGUUGCCUCUAAAUGUGGUUGAAGGUUCAGUCAGAGCCACCAUCUUAGUCACUGGGGACCUCAUGGGGACAGCACUGCAGAACCUGGACAACCUGGUGCAGAUGCCCCAUGGCUGUGGGGAGCAGAACAUGGUGCUGUUUGCCCCUAUUGUCUAUAUGCUGCAGUACCUGGAGAAGACCAGGCAGCUGACUCCUGAGAUCAGAGAGAGGGCAACAAGAUUCCUGCGCAAUGGGUAUCAGAUACAACUGCAAUAUCAGCACCCUGAUGGCUCCUACAGUGAAUUUGGUACCAAGGAUGAGUAUGGUAAUACUUGGCUGACUGCAUUUGUGGUUAAAUGCUUUGUCCAAGCCAAGCCAUACAUUUUCCUGGACAAGAGGACCAUAGAAGCUGCUCUGACCUGGCUGGAGUUCCACCAGCUUCCCAGCGGUUGCUUCAGAAAUGUGGGCCAACUUGUUCACACAUUCAUGAAGGGAGGUGUAGAUGGGGAAGUCCCCUUGACUGCCUACAUCACUGCUGCAUACUUGGAGGCAGGAGCAACACCAGAGAGCACAGUGGUGCGCAAGGCUCUGGGCUGUAUCCUUCCUUCCCUCCCCAAAGCUGCCAGCACUCACACCCAGGCCCUGCUGGCCUACACCUUUGCCCUGGCUAAGGACUCUCAACGCACCCAAGAGCUACUUGACAUGCUUGAUCAAAAGGCAAUCAGAGCAGAUGGGCAGAUCCACUGGAGUCAGACAUCAUCCAAGUACAGACACAGCACCAGCCCUUGGUCACAGCCAGUGUCUGUGGAUGUGGAGCUGACAGCUUACAUCCUCCUAGCCCUGCUCUCCAAGCAAAAUAUCACUGGGUCUGAUCUCACCACAGCCUCUGGCAUCGUGGCCUGGCUCACCAGGCAGCAGAAUGCCUAUGGAGGGUUUGCCUCAACACAGGACACAGUAGUCGCCUUGCAGGCCUUGGCUAAGUAUGCAGCGCUGACAUACAGCACACAAGGGGUUGCAGAAGUGAGGGUGAGGUCCCAUGGAGGCUUUAGGAGGAAGUUCCAAGUCUCCUAUCAGAACCGGCUCUUGGUGCAGGAGGCAGCACUGACAGAGGUCCCGGGCGAGUUCUUGGUGCAGGCCCAUGGCAGCUGUUGUGUCUUUACUCGGAUGGUGCUGAGGUACAACACGCCCUCCCCACAAGACUCAACAUCCUUUGCCUUGCAAGUGAAAACCGAGCCACUCAAUUGCACCGAUGACAAUGCACGCUCUGUUACUGUCUCUGUCAAUGUCAGGUACAAUGGGAAGAAAUCCACUUCCAACAUGGUGAUUUUGGAGGUGUCACUGCCGACUGGAUUUGUCCUGGCUCCAGGAUCUGGGACGUCUCUGCAGCAUUGGCACUCUGUGAGAAGAACUGAGAAAACACAAGGAGGUGUUGCCGUCUACUUGGACAAGUUGACCCAUGUCUUUGACACAUACAUUCUGCAUCUGGAGCAGGAGAUUGAGGUGACCAACCUGAAACCAGGCCAUGUCAGAGUCUAUGACUACUACAGCCCAGAGGAGCAGGCCCUGGCUGAUUAUAAUAUCUUCUGCAUCUGA